AAUUACGAAACCAUAGUUAACACAAAGGUUUUUUUGGAAGAAUUGAAGAAGACAAUACCUGACAAUACAAGGGAUAAUAAUGAUAUCCCCCGAGGAAUAGAUUUUUUUAUUGAGGACCUGGUAGGACGAGUAGAAAAAUUAAUAAAGCAAAAGGAAGAGGCCGAAAAGACAAAUAAACCAACUGAUAAUUCUCCGGAUUCGUCUUUCUCCCCUCAAUACCAGUCCAACCUCGUCGCCGAGAUUAAGCAGCUCCAAGACCAGGUGAACGACUUGGAAAAUAAAGUCAAUAAGACCACUGACCCGACCGAGAAAAAUACUUAUCAGGAUAUGUUGGAUAAUGCCAAAAAGAAUUUGGGAGAUAAGGAAAAAGAGAAGGAAAGAUGGAAGAAAAAAACACCCGUUUCUCCUAAUAAAAAUGAUAAUAAAUUAAAUCUGGCUGUUGGCUUGGGAAUG